CAUCGGUGUGUGGUGUCAUUUCUUCUGGAGGUUUCGGACUGGUCACCUGGAAACAGCCUCUGCACCUAAACUUCACAGAGAACUCUUUUAAACUGUGGUUUAAAACUAGCUGCUGUGGGUUCAGUUUCAGGACGGGUCUUUUUAUCUACUCGUGUAAAUCCAGUCGUUGUCUCUGGAGACCUGUGAGGCGGUCGGUUACUGCAUUACACAUCCAGGGAAGUUUCAUCAACAAACCUAUUCAUUGGCAUCACGAGGACACUCCUACAACCCUGUAUAUAUACACAAACCAGAGCUGAGGUGAUUCAAACAAGGUCGCUUUUCAGAGGAACUUUGGAACUUUCUUCAGCAGAGGAUCUAUCACGAAUGAAAAUGAUGAAAUAUGAAGUGACCGUGUUCACCUCUGAUCGGGUCAGUGCCACCACCUUAAACAAUGUCUUCAUUAAGCUGGUGGGAACAGAUGGAGAAAGUGAACGCAAGCUGCUCAUAAGCCUGAGAAAAGCUUCAGCCUUCGUCAGAGGCGCUGAGGCAAGUUUUACUGUGUCCUGCCCCAGCUCGAUUGGGAAACUGGUGAUGAUUGAGGUGGACAAACAGCCUCUCCCGCUGUUCCCAGCAGACUCCUGGUUUCCUGCCAAAGUGGAAGUCCGAUCCCCCGAGGGAGACUCAUUUACCUUUCCAAUCUACCGCUGGAUCACUGACAGUAAGACGUAUCUCUUCAGAGAGGGAACAGCUCUAAGAGUCUUUGAAGACCUCCACAGGCUUGGCCAGUAUAGUCGAGAGCAGGAGCUUCUGCAGCGUCACAAAGACUAUUGCUGGAACGUUUAUGUAGAAGGAAUUCCUCACUGCAUGAAGUCAGACAGCCCGCAGUCGUUGCCAUGUGAGGUCCGCUUUUCCUUCACCAAAGAGAAGGAGUUUCUCUUCACGGCAUCAGCAGGGCUGACUGAGCUGAAACUGAAGGGUCUGGCUGACAGCAAAAAGAGCUGGACUCAUCUUGAUGACAUCAACAGGGUGUUCUGCUGCAAAAAGACCAGCAUGUCCGAGUAUGUCCAAGAACACUGGAAGGAGGAUGCUUUUUUUGGCUUCCAGUUUCUGAACGGUGUCAAUCCCAUAAUGAUCAGACGCUGCACAGCCCUGCCCAGUAACUUCCCUGUGACCGACAGCAUGGUCUUCCCUGAUGGUCAGGCUAGUCUAGCUGAGGAAAUGCAGAAAGGCCACAUUUUCUUGUGCGACUACAAGAACAUGGACGGAGUUCAGGCGAACAUCGUCAACGGGAAACAGCAGUACUUGAUGGCUCCGCUCGUCCUGCUCCAAAAGACGCCAGAUGACAAAAUGAUGCCGAUUGCAAUUCAACUGAAGCAGCAGCCGGCAGCAGACAACCCGAUCUUCUUACCGACUGAUUCCGAGUACGACUGGUUGCUGGCGAAGAUUUUUGUGAGGAGUGCAGAUUUCAGUGAGCAUCAACUCAACGUUCACCUGAUGCGCACUCACCUGCUGGCUGAGGUUUUUGCCGUGUCACUGCUGCGUAACCUGCCCAUGGUGCAUCCUCUGUACAAGCUUCUCCUCCCUCACACUCGCUACACGCUGCAGAUCAACUUCUUGGCUCGAUUGAGACUAAUAUCAAAGGAAGGUGUUUUCACUCUGUUUUCAUCUUCUGGUGGCGAGGGUAUGAUAACCAUCCUGAGGAGAUCACUGUCCUCUGUGACGUACAGGUCUCUCUGUAUACCUGAGGACAUUAAGGACCGUGGGCUGGAAGCCAUACCAAACUUCUACUACAGAGAUGAUGGACUCAGACUCUGGGAUGUUAUCCACCGGUUUGUGCAGAGAGUCCUUGGCUAUUAUUACAAGAAUGAUCUUGAAGUUCAGAAGGACUCUGAGUUACAGACGUGGAUUUUAGAGAUUUUUGAACAUGGAUUCCUAUCCAAAAGGAACACGGGCAUUCCUGAAAGAUUUACCACAGUGGCCGAACUAAUCAAGUUUGUUACCAUGGUGAUCUUCACUGGCUCUGCCCAGCAUGCAGCUGUCAACUCUGGACAGUACGACUUUGGAGGCUGGAUGCCAAACACUCCCAUCUCCCUGCAACUUCCUCCACCAACCACUAAGGGACAGACAACUGAGGCCACCAUGCUGAACACACUCCCAGAUGUCAAUGUAACCGUUCAGGGCAUGGCCACUCUGUGGCUGCUCAGCCAGCAGUCCACUGACUUUGUCCCUCUUGGCCAGUACCCUGAGGACCACUUCACUGAGGAGUCUCCACAGAGGAUGGUGAAGGGCUUUCAAAAGGAGCUUGAGGUGUUGAGUGCAGCCAUCAAAGACAGAAACGAACAUCUGGAGGUGCCGUACGUGUACCUGGAUCCGGUGGAGGUGGAGAACAGUGUGGCCAUUUGAGUUUUCAGUAGUGUGAAACAGAUGUUUGUGAACAAUGGCUUAAACUAAAUAUAUUGCAUAUUAAAACUUAUCAUCCCAA